AUGAACAAAAGACAUCCACGCACAAAAUUCUCUUGUGCUAAACCAACAAAUCCCGAGACCAGUCAAAGAGAAUCUGCCAUGCGUCCAAUUCUUGCGCUAACCCUGGUCGUCCUGACCGUCCUCGUGGCCCUGUCCUCGCAGGCAUCCACGCCGAGCAGCUCCUCCACUUCGCCCAGCAGCUCUUCCACCUCCCCGAGCAGCUCCUCCACCUCCCCGAGCAGCUCAUCCACCUCUCCGAGCAGCUCCUCCACCUCCCCGAGCAGCUCCUCCUCCACGUCCGACACCAGCCCAACCACUACGACCACGACCACCACCACUACGGCAGCCACUACCACCACCUCCACCUCGGAAACAACGACAAAGAGGCAUCGCCGCAGGCACCGCCGCAGGAGGAUCAUCAUCAUCCGCCGCAGAGGAGGAGAGGGACAUCGCAGGAACCGCUUCCGCGAUGGCGAGGAUGGUGGAGGUCGCAUCGUAAGGCGCAUUACCGUGCGUGAGCGCCGCGUCGGUGGUUUUCGCCGUCUCUAAAAAUCAUGUACCAUUUGAAACUGAAACAUA